AUGCGUGAUUGCCCCAACACUGUUCACCAUCUUUAUUGCGACAUCCACAUCAUCAAGGACGACCUACCUCCAGGAAUCGAAAUCGUCUACAAAACUGAUGGCAGACUUUUCAAUCUUGCCCGUCUAAAGUCCAAAACGAAGACAUCUGUGAGCUCCCUCAUCGAGUUCCAAUACGCAGACAACUGUGUUGCUGCUCUCUCAGACAAUCAUCUGCAACAGAUCCUCACUGCCUUCAACAGUGUAUACACUAAACGUGGAUUUACCAUCAACCCAAGAAGACUCAGCGUUGCCCACUACUGCGAGUUCAAGGGAUGGAAGAGAAUCUUCGACAAUAACCGGGGCGACUACUUUCUCAAAUGGUCAGAGUACAAAACACCUAUCCACUACCUAAACUUCCGUGCAGGCAAACAGCUCUUAAACCAGAUCCCAAACAACAGGUUCCUGACCACCAAAGGAGGUCUCUGCACUUCCCUCAAGGAGUAUGAGAGAAUAGUAAUUAAGUAUUCAAAAGGCAGGUGUUCACAUAAGGACAUCAGAUUGGACGAGUUUUUCCCUGCAUCGUACCGCAUGGACGUGAAAAGUGAGCGCCAGGCCUUUUUUGAUGUCUUCAAAGACGGGCAGAUUUGGAUUUGUAAACCUUCCAACUUACAAGAGGGUCGAGGAAUCUUCCUCCUGAGGUGCCGGGGUGACGUGAAUGUGCUGCGUGCCAAGCUGGAGAGUAUGGAGAACCUAUUGACUAAGCCGGCUCAGUACAAUUCCAUCGUCCACAGAGUGGUACAGAGAUACAUCGCUAGGCCCCUGCUGCUAGAUGGCAGGAAGUUUGAUGUCCGCUCCUACUUCCUGAUCGCCUGCACCUCGCCUUACAUGGCCUUCUUUCACCAUGGUUACGCCAAGUCAACGUGCAACAUCUACAAUCCCUCUUCCGAUGAUCUGACAAGUCAUCUAACAAAUCAGUUCAUCCAACGAAAGAACCCCAGGUACAGUGAGAUGAAGGAGGACACAAUCUGGUCCAUGGAACACCUGAACGACUACAUCAAUGAGAAGUACAUGGAAGCAAAACGACUCCCAAAAGACUGGGUCUUCACUGUCUUUGCAAAGAGAAUGCAAGAGAUUAUGACAACUUGCUUAAAUAGUGCCAAGAACAAACUGGAAUGCAAACUGGGCUUCUUUGACCUCAUGGGCUGUGAUUUUAUUAUUGAUCAAAACUUCAAGGUCUGGUUAUUGGAGAUGAAUGCCAACCCAUCCCUACAGAGGCACUGUUCUGUUCUGAGAACACUCAUACCUCCGUUAGUGUACGAAACGCUUGAUUUAGUCAUUGAGAUAUUCAAAAAGAGCAGUAAAGGAAUAUUGAAUUUACCACUUGAGUCACAAAGAGAUUUUGUUCUAAUCUACAACGGCUGCAAUCGGGGUCAAGCUUUGAAACCCGUGAGAGAUGACAAGAUUUCCCUAAUGCUUCUGAAACAGCCAAAACGUGUAGUCACCAAGAAGCCCGUAAGGAAACAGGAAGCGGUCAUGUCACUAUCGGAUGACGCUGCUGUAGAAAAGGACACGUUUCAGAAAGCCUCCACCCUGCUGUCCUGCAGCCAACUGCCCGUCUUGGCCCAAAUCCGAAACCUUGUCUGCAUCAGACCCACGGUUCACCCCAGCCCCUUCGCCGACAGCCACUCCCCGUACUCAAAGGAAUGGAGACAGCUGCGCUCCAGCGUUGCCAAAGCGCUGAUGAGCACCGUGCCAUUUGUUCCUCCGUUCGGCAGAAAGUGUGCGCAAGUCCCUCAAAAGAGUAAAAGUCUGGAGAGCAACCUGAUCCUCAAGUAGAGAUCAGCUUGGCACUCCCUCAAA